UGCAUCCAAUUUUGAAUCGGGCCAAAACCUCUCAUUUGUGGUCCAAGUCCAGAAAAGUUUGACCUAUAAGAUUAAGAAAAAGGGUUUUAGUGUUGUGUUCGGUUGUUCCUUCCUUUCCCUGCGGCUGCUUCACACAGAGAAAGAAAGUAUGAUGAUUUGUGCAUUGAACAUGGGAAAACUUAUAUAUAAGAACAGUAAGAACAAAUGGCAUAUGAUUAAGGCAGAUCCGCGUUUUGGUGCAUGGCAUAUGAUUAAUUCCAGUGCAACUGACCUUAGGAAUAAGGAUAAGGCUGAUGAAGAUGCCUUUGCAAAGCUUCCCAAUGCAAAUAUGCAGCAUCAACAUCAACAAACGGGACCGAAUCCGCUAAAGAAUCCAAAAGUUUAUCCUUUUCUCAGUCAUUUCAGUGAAGAUGACCUUGAUGAAAAAUACACGUUGAUGGAAAAAUUGUCUUAUAUAUCGUUUCUCCUUUUUGGUAUUGAAUAUAAUCUAAUGGUUAUGCGGAAAAAAAUCAGUCUGCCAGAGCCAGACAUCAGUUUGCAAGACAUGUUGAUGAGCCUUGAUACUAUUAUUCAAAUCGUACGGACGUCGUUCGACAAAAUUAGUUCUAGCUCUAUUGAUUGUGUUGAGGAUGAUGAUUUUGUCACCAAAGAAGAAGAUGAUGAUUCUGUCUUUGAGCUUGAGGAUAAGCUCAAAGACGUUGCUUUCAUCAAUCGGGAAGUAAUGUUGAUUGACAUAGUAUCGGGUGACUUAUUUAAAAUUUAUCAUAAGCUAUUGAUCAUUCGGAAAGACAUAUUGACAAAUCCGGCGCAAGACACGGUGAAGGAGCUUGGUACUAUUUGUGGAAUGGCAUCGUACUUGAAGUUCAAAAUCUUCAUCCUCAGACAGUCAGACCUUUAUGCUCAGCUUCAUACUCAGAUGCCAAUCAAGAAGCUGUUACACAGCAAGACUUAGCGCCAAAAGGAAAAGGUCCAGCUAGUGAUAUUGGGCCAAGCAACAAACCCAAAAGAAUUAUUAAGAAGCCCAAACGCUAUGAUGACUAAGGAGACUGCACUACAGGACAAAAAUCAAUCAUGAGGCAAUAUUUUUUUCCAAUCAUUAUCUGAUGCAAUAGAAUAAUUUUUAAGGAAUAUUAGUUGUUAUUUUCUUUCGGUUGAUAAUGGACAGGUGUCCUCUGGAUCCUCAAUUCUAGGAAUUUGUUAGCGCAAGGUGCACAAGGUGGAUCUGCCGAAAAGAUUAUUAUAACUCAUUUCUACGAUUACCUUGGGGAUGUUGUCAGAUCAGUAUAAUUUCUUGCCUAGUCAAGUGCUUUCGCAAUACAGUGCAUUGUAACAUCAUUGUGUUUUUAUUGAAUAUCAUUUUUGUAUAUUUAAAGCUCCUAAGUUGCAUAAUACUUCUGUUCAGUUUUGCGGAGGCCUUAUGCUGAUAGUAAUUUUGAGAUCAGGUUUUAUCUGUUAGGGCUAUAGCUUAGUUUGAAUUGAGUUGUACCAAACUGGCAUAAGCAUAAACUUCUGUCUCGGUGAUUCAAUAUUAUCAAACAUCUUAUUGUGUUAUCUUACAAUGA